AUGAUGUCGGCGACGACGAGUCACGGGAGAGUGCUAUUUCCGCCACCGCCGGUAGCGUCUCACAACCAGCAUCGACCGAUGAUCGCAACCGGAUCGGAGAUUUUCGUCAUGAGAGAAAGAGCACCGAGGCGAUUCAGGCUGACGAUGGCGACGAGUGCGACUGCCAAGUACAAGGGGACGAAGAUGAGAGAGGAGAAGCUAUCGGCGAUGAUAGUGGAGAAGAUAAAGGAAGCGACGGAGGUUUGCGAGGCGGAUGAGAGAUCGGAAGGUUGUAGAGUCGCGUGGGACGAAGUUGAAGAGGUGAGUCAAGCCAAAGCAGAUCUGAGGAUCAAGCUCAAGCUCUUAAACCAGGAUCCACUCGAGAGUUUCUGUCAGGAGAAUCCUGAAACCGAUGAGUGUCGAAUCUAUGAAGAUUGA